UACUACACGUCCCAGAACACACCGCGGCAUUUCAGCAGUGUGUGUGUGAGGCUGAGAGAGCGAGAGUGAGUGAGAGAGGUUUAGAUUUAGGAAUUCGUCUGCAAACUUGGUGCUGCAGUGUUACGGAAAAAUGGCCUAGCGGUCCAGCUAACUGUUUCCUGUUCAUCCGUGUGUUCUUCUUCUUGCUGAGACUCCUCGCUGCACCCGAUACUUCUGAGCAGCAGCCUCCACAGCCAGACCCCCCCACCUGAGUCUGGCCACAGGCGCAGCAGGAUGGAGGCUUCAUUCGGCUCUACCUUCUCAGCUGUGGCACCUGGAGCAAAAGCAGAAGGGUCCAGCAGCUACAAGCAGCACAGAAGAACUCCCUCCUCCUCAAGCACUCUGAACUACUCUCCCCGGGAUGACGACGACGGAAUGCCUCCCAUUACUCCUCGGAGGUCCGAUUCAGCCAUCUCAAUCCGAUCCCUCCACUCGGAAUCCAACAUGUCCCUGCGCUCCACCUUCUCUCUUCACGAAGAGGAGGAGGACACGGAGCCCCAGGUGUUUGCUGAGCAGCCCUCCGUAAAGCUGUGCUGCCAGCUGUGCUGUAACGUCUUCAAGGACCCCGUCAUCACCACGUGUGGGCACACCUUCUGCCGACGAUGUGCCUUGACUUCAGACAAGUGUCCCGUGGACGCCGCCAAGCUGACGGUCGUGGUCAACAACAUCGCGGUCGCCGAGCAGAUCGGAGAGCUCUUCAUUCACUGUAAACACGGCUGCAGGGCUGCGGCCAGCGCGGCGGGAGGGGCGGCGGCCUCCCCCUCCGCGGUGGCUGGAAAGCCCGGGGGUUACGAGGUGGACCCCCUCGGCUGCCCGUUCACCAUCAAGCUGUCCACGCGCAAAGAGCACGAGGCCAGCUGUGACUACAGGCCGGUCCGCUGCCCCAACAACCCGUCCUGCCCCCCGCUGCUCACCAUGAACCUGGAGGCUCACCUCAAAGAGUGCGAGCACAUCAAGUGUCCACACUCUAAGUAUGGCUGUACGUUCAUCGGUAACCAGGACACUUAUGAAACCCACCUGGAGGUGUGUAAAUUUGAGGGCCUGAAGGAGUUUCUGCAGCAGACUGAUGACAGGUUCCAUGAGAUGCAGCUGACUCUGGCCCAGAAGGACCAGGACAUUGCUUUCCUGCGCUCCAUGCUGGGCAAACUGUCUGAGAAGUUGGAUCAGCUAGAGAAGAACCUGGAGCUCAAAUUUGAUGUGUUGGAUGAGAACCAGAGUAAACUCAGCGAGGACCUGAUGGAGUUUCGUAGAGAUGCGUCCAUGCUCAACGAUGAGUUGUCCCACAUCAACGCCCGGCUCAACAUGGGAAUCCUGGGAUCGUACGACCCCCAGCAGAUCUUCAAGUGUAAAGGGACCUUCGUUGGCCACCAGGGUCCCGUUUGGUGUCUGUGUGUCUAUUCCACCGGAGACCUGCUCUUCUCGGGGUCCUCAGAUAAGACGAUCAAGGUGUGGGACACCUGCACCACCUACAAGUGUCAGAAAACCCUGGAGGGACACGAUGGCAUCGUUCUGGCGCUGUGCAUCCAAGGAAACCGGCUGUACAGUGGCUCCGCGGAUUGCACCAUCAUCGUGUGGGACAUCCAGACCCUGCAGAAAGUCAAUACCAUCCGUGCCCAUGACAACCCUGUAUGCACGCUGGUCUCCUCCCACAACAUGUUGUUCAGCGGCUCCCUCAAGGCCAUCAAGGUGUGGGACAUUGUCGUCACGGAGCUGAAGCUGAAGAAGGAGCUGACUGGUCUGAACCACUGGGUUAGAGCACUGGUGGCCUCCCAGAACCACCUGUACAGCGGCUCAUACCAGACCAUCAAGAUUUGGGACAUCCGCUCUCUGGAGUGCGUUCACGUCCUGCAGACCAGCGGGGGCAGCGUCUACUCCAUCGCCGUCACAAACCACCACAUCGUCUGCGGCACCUACGAGAACCUCAUCCACGUGUGGGACAUAGAGUCCAAAGAGCAGGUGCGGACCCUGACGGGCCACGUGGGGACCGUCUACGCCCUCGCCGUCAUCUCCACUCCGGACCAGACCAAAGUGUUCAGCGCGUCCUACGACCGCUCACUCAGGGUGUGGAGCAUGGACAACAUGAUCUGCACCCAGACUCUGCUCAGACACCAGGGCAGUGUGACGGCUCUGGCCGUCUCCAGGGGACGCCUCUUCUCUGGAGCCGUGGACAGCACCGUCAAGGUGUGGACGUGCUGAACAACCCGCUUGUUCUUCAGGAGUCCAGUCAACUCUUUUAUCAAUGGUUCCCUCUCCACAUGAUCUCCUCCCCCACACCUGUUUCUUUGAUUGAGAUUCAAACCCCACAGACCAACAACAACAACAACAACCGCCGCUUCUGUGGCGCCGCGCCGGGAAGCGCUUCAGGAAGUGAUGCUUUUAAAACUUCAAACGAGCCGACCGGCGCCGUCGACUGGAUCAUCGGCCUCGAGGGUCAACUCAAGGUCACGCUCCUGACGGGACCUCAGCCCCAGUGCAUUAUGGGUCACAAACAGGAGGAGCAGGCUGAAAGUUUCCCAAAACCCACAUUGAAAAAAGCUGCUGCGCUCAUGUUAAACCCAGCUUAUGAACUCCGGACCUGCUUCCUGCGGAAGGACGCGGCGUGUUACGCGAUGCCUCGUACACGCCGCCCAGAAAAGUCUCCGGGCUGGUUUCACACACGGGGAGCGACGCCACACCUCCAGGAAUGAAUGUCAUGCUUCAAACGCACGGACGGCACAGACGCGUGAAAAAGAAAACGCGAAGAUGAGGUGCCGACUACCGGUGAGACCCGACCCACGCGUCAGCUCGGGGGGCAGAGCUUGUACGAGGUUCUUAUUUACAGUCGGUCUGAGGUCACGCUUCUCAAAGCAGAGCAGACCAACGUGUCCCCUUUGUGGUGGAACCGGCCUGAAUGAAACUACCUUUUAAGAAGAGAAUGAUGGAUGUAUAGAUUUACCGACUUUUAUAAGCGUGCCAUGACAGAGCUGUAUCCAGAGCCAUUUAGGGUUGUACAGGUGUAUAAAGUGAGAUGUUGGACCCGCCCACGACGAUGACUCACACCGACCUCCGUCACGGGGGCUCUGACGGCCCGUGGAGGUUGUUGUUUAUAUGUGAGUGUAUUUCAAUGAGUGCCAAAUGUCCAGAUGGAAGGAAGGAAAGGUAUUGUCUUUUUGUCCCCUCUUUCUGCCCCAAAUGAACAUAACCACAGAUUCAUGUUUUAUAACUGUAAUACUCGACCCUCAAAAGUCACAAAUGGCAAAUUAAAAGAAAGCGCUGUUGAGCUAAAGUCCCGCUUUCCUGGAUUAUGGUUCCAAACCCAUAUUGGGUUAAAAAUAGUAAAAUAGACUAAUUUUAAGACCAUGUACAUCCAUUUUGACUGGUGGGCUAAAUGCGGUUUUUACAGAUGUUCUCAAUGAUGUUGCCUUUAUUUAGAUGCAGAAUGUAGCCUCAGUGAAGCGUCGCUGCGCUCACAGUUCCAGUGAUGCCGUGUAUACUUGUAAUCAUGUAAGCCUGAGUUGAUCAUUGAUCAAUAAAACUGUCGUACACUUUCA